AUGGGAAAGAAAGAUCCCGAGGCUGAGGCGAUGGCCAACCACGUCUCUGGCCAGUCCAACAAGCCUAUCUCCCGUCCGGCUCACGCCUUGACUGCUGAACAAGUUGUUCAGGAGCUCAGGGCCAACCCUGACGAUGGCUUGACUCCUGAAGACGCAAAGGCUCGCCUUGAUGAGUACGGCCGCAACGAGUUCGGCGAAGAAGCGGGCGUCCAACCCUUGAAGAUUUUCAUUGGACAAAUCGCCAAUGCUAUGACCCUUGUUCUGAUUCUGGCCAUGGGUGCCUCCUUUGGCAUUGGAUCUUGGAUCGAAGGAGGUGUCGUGGCAGGUGUCAUUUUGCUUAACAUCACUGUCGGGUUCCACCAGGAGUUCAAGGCCGCAAAGACCAUGGACUCUCUCCGGUCUCUCAGUUCCCCCACCGCCCAGGCAGUCCGUGAGGGCCGCAAUAUUACCGUCCCCACCGUCGAGAUCGUCCCUGGCGACAUGGUCGAGCUCAAGACUGGUGACACCAUCCCCGCCGACGUCCGCAUCAUUGAAGCCGUCAACUUUGAAACCAACGAGGCUCUGUUGACUGGCGAGUCCCUUCCUAUCCGCAAGGAGGCUGCCCAGACCUUCGAUGACGAGACUGGCCCCGGUGACCGCCUGAACGUCGCCUACAGCUCCUCGACCGUCACCAAGGGCCGCGCUCGCGGCAUCGUGUUCGCCACUGGAAUGUACACCGAGAUUGGACAGAUCGCCGCCGCCCUCAGAGGCAAGAACUCUCGCCGCCGCGACGUCAAGCGCAAGGAGGACGGCUCCGCCAGUUUUGGCCGUUACCUCCAGGCGUGGACCCUGACCCUUUCUGACGCCGUCGGCCGCUUCCUCGGAGUGAAUGUUGGAACACCUCUCCAAAGGAAGCUGUCUAAGCUUGCCAUCCUCCUCUUCGGCAUCGCCGUUGUUUGUGCCCUGAUCGUUCUGGGAGCCAACGAGUUCAAUACCACGCAGGAAGUCAUCAUCUACGCCGUCGCCACCGGUCUGUCCAUGAUCCCCGCCUCCUUAGUCGUCGUCUUGACCAUCACCAUGGCGGCGGGUACCAAGCGCAUGGUCCAGCGCCACGUCAUUGUCCGCCAGCUGAAGAGUUUGGAGGCCCUUGGCGGUGUCACCAACAUUUGCUCUGACAAGACUGGAACCCUCACCCAGGGAAAGAUGGUUGUCCGCAAGGCCUGGAUUCCCGGAAAGGGAACCUUCUCCAUCAGCAACACGAACGAGCCCUUCAACCCCACUGUCGGAGACCUCGGACACAGCGUCGAUCAGCCCAAGGACAUCGACUUCCGCACCAAGGAGGGCGAUGGCGAGCCGUUCUCCAACACCGAAGCCGAGGACCGCGUCAAGUCAAGCACCGUUCUCACCGACUACUUCAACGUCGCGUCGCUCGCCAACCUGGCCAACGUGCACAAGACCACCGAGGGCGAGUGGCACGCCCGCGGUGACCCCACUGAAAUCGCCAUCCAGGUUUUCGCUUCUCGCUUCAACUGGAACCGUCUUCGCCUGGCAGGCGAGGCCAACCGCUGGAGACAGAUCGCCGAGUUCCCCUUCGACUCCGAUGUGAAGAAGAUGUCCGUCAUUUUCGAGGACACCGAGACCAAGGUCGACGGAGGAAACAAGACCUGGCUCUUUACUAAGGGUGCCGUCGAGCGCGUUAUUUCUUCCUGCCCCACCAUCCAGAUGGGCGACGAGGUCAUCGAGCUUACCAAGGACAUCGAGAAGGACAUCCUGUCCAAUAUGGAGGCCCUUGCCCGUCUCGGACUUCGUGUCUUGGCCUUCGCCAGCAGGCCUGACAUUGGCGUCGUCAACGGCCACGAGAAUCUUGACCGUGCGAUCUACGAGAAGGACCUCACCUUCCGCGGCCUGAUCGGUCUCUACGACCCUCCCCGUCCCGAGUCCGCCCCCUCUGUUAAGAAGUUCCAUGAGGCCGGUGUCAGCGUCCACAUGCUUACUGGCGACCAUCCCGAGACGGCUCGUGCCAUCGCUCUCGAGGUCGGCAUCCUGCCCACGCGCAUGAACGAGAUCUCGGCCGAUGUCGCAAAGACCAUGGUCAUGGCUGCCCACGACUUUGACAAGCUCUCUGACGACGACAUCGACAAACUUCCACACCUGCCCCUGGUCGUCGCUCGCUGUGCUCCCCAGACAAAGGUCCGCAUGAUUGAGGCCCUGCACAGACGCCAGCGCUUCGUGGCCAUGACCGGUGACGGUGUCAACGACUCUCCCAGUCUGAAGCGUGCUGAUGUCGGUAUCGCCAUGGGCGAGAGCGGCUCUGAUGUCGCCAAGGAGGCCUCCGACAUUAUUCUCACUGACGACAACUUUGCCUCCAUCCUCAACGCCGUCGAGGAAGGCCGCCGCAUGUUUGACAACAUCCAGAAGUUCGUCCUCCACGUCUUGGCCUGUAACGUCGCCCAGGCCUGCACUCUUCUCAUCGGUUUGAUCUUCAAGGACGACAGCGGCCUCUCCGUGUUCCCUCUGGCUCCCGUCGAAGUCAUGUGGAUCAUUAUGAUCACCUCUGGUCUCCCCGACAUGGCCCUUGGUUUUGAAGUCGCUGCGCCCGAUAUCAUGGACCGCCCUCCCCAGAACAUGAAGGUGGGCGUCUUCACCUGGGAGCUGAUGCUCGACAUGCUGGUCUAUGGCCUCUGGACCGCCGCCCUCUGCCUGGCCUCCUUCGUCCUCGUCAUGUUCGGCUGGGGCAACGGCCAAUUUGGAAGCAACUGCAAUAACACCUACUCGGAGGAGUGUGACACAGUCUUCCGCGCCCGCGCCACCUGCUUCGCCAGCUUGACCUGGUUCGCCCUCUUCCUCGCUUGGGAGAUGGUCAACAUGCGCCGAUCCUUCUUCCGCAUGCAGCCCAAGAGCACCAAGUACUUCACACAGUGGUUCAUCGACACGUGGCGCAACAAGCUCCUCUUCUUCGCCAUUCUCAUCGGCUUCGUCACCAUCUUCCCGCUGGUCUACAUUCCUGUCCUCAACACCUCGGUGUUCAAGCACGCGCCCAUCACCUGGGAGUGGGGUAUCGUCUUCGUCUGUGCCGUGCUCUUCUUCAUGGGCGUCGAGGCAUGGAAGUGGGCCAAGCGCAUCUAUUUCCGCCGUGUCGCGCACAAGCAGAACGGCGGCAUCAAGGAUCUCGAGAGCCGGGUGUUCGGCCACUACUACACCAUUGGCGGCGUCGAGCUCGAGUCCUCCCCUACCCUCGGCAGCCGGACCAUCACGAACGAGAAGGAGAUGCGCGAGAAAGGCGGCAACGGGUAUUCCAGCGGAGGGAGCCGGUAA